AUGCAGCGUUCCUUGCCAGGUGACGUGGAUGCCCUGGACCCGGAGGAAGAAGAGGAGGAGGAUGUGGGGAACCUGGGCUCCAUGGAAGAGGACGAGAAAGAGCUGGACCUGACGGACCAGGAGAUGGAAGACCUGAGGGCCCAGUUGUUGCAGCUCCUGGAGGAGCUGGAGGAGGCGCGGGAGCUGGCAGUGAAGCACGAGGACGAUUCGCUGGAGCUACAGGGCUUGUUGGAGGACGAGCGACUGGCCAGCGCCCGGCAGGCUGAGAUCUUCACCAAACAGAUCCAGAGGCUUCAAGUCUUUUUCAGAGUCUCUGUUUCCCAGGAUAGAAUCGCCCUGUCACAGAGCCCCAGGGUCAGGGCUUUGCCCCUAGCUUUGGAACGGUCUCUAGGAGGAGCCCUUCCGGUGGGCCAGCCCGCCAAGGGGGUCUCACUCUUUCUCCAGCGUUGGCCACGCAGCCUCACCGCCUCCUAGACAAGCUGUUGGGCUCCAGCCGUUCUGUUUCACACCGGGAGCUCCGCUCAGGGACAGCCCGCUGGGAGAGACUUGGCCACUCCACAGGGAUUGACGGACCUCUGGGGCACUGGCUGCCAGGUGUCCAUGUCUGGGCCAUUGUCUUCUCGGAUCCUCUGUUGAUAUGAGGUGGCCUCAGCCAGCCCUUUUUAAUGGACCAUCCCAGCUCAGAGAGCUGGGCGACAUGCACGCCUAGGUCAUCCAGCCUGUCCUGAGAGCAAACAGUCCCUUUCCCCACACUGGGUAACCAUGCAGCAUAGAUGGGAAACUGAGGCACGCAUAGGGGUUAGUUGAGUGCUCUGGGCUGACAGCGCCGCCUAAUGGCAACACUCUGGGGUGUGCCAUGUCAUGGUGAGAGUCUACAGGCCUCUUUGCCUAGUGGCUAUAGUUCAGGGGGUAGUGUCGCCUAGUGGUGGGGGAAAGUAGGAGCAUCUGGACUCACCCUACUCCACAGGGAUCCAAUCCAGGGCCCUUCGAAACAGUAGAUCCUGCCACAGGAUUCAGGUCCCAACACCCACAAGCGCGUUCCCUGAGUCGCUUCCUACCUUCAUUCCAGUCCCUCCGGUGGCGUCUUGGCGUGGGAUGUGGGGUCCCUCUCGAGUUCCCUCUGAUUAGUCUCUGGAGUCUCCUCCGCUGGCCACAGCAGGUCGUCCCCUUUGGUUCCUGCGGCUGACUGGCCUCCUGCGGCGCGGCUCAGAGGCGUGACCUGGUGGCUUGGAGCUUCCCGGCUGCUCUCCUCCUGUGAGCCUCAUGCUCCCUUUUGAAUGCUCCCUCCACAGGGGCAUGGCCUCCUGGGCCCAGAGCAGUCCGUUAACCCUCGCCUCUCCUGUGUGGGUUGGUACAACCUGUCACAAAGGGUCAUAAAACUAUGACAGACAAUUCCCAUUUGGAACCACUCCCACCCCUGUCCUGAAAAUCUGGCCUGUAUUGUUCGUUCCUCGAUGUGUGACUUUACAUUCAGCCGUAUUAAAACGCAUAUUGUUAUGUGCCCAGCCUACCAAGCAAUCCAGAUCGCGCUGAAUCUGUGACCUGUCCUCUUAUUCAUGUACUGCUCUCCCCGGCUUUGUGUCACCCGCAAACUGUACCAGUGACGAGUUCAAAUUUUCUUCCAGGGCACUGAUAAAAAAGCGAAAUGGCCCAGAACUGAUCCCUGCGGGACCCCACUAGAAACACACCCACUCAACCAGGAGUCCCCUUUUACAGUUAUGUUUUCAGUCCUAUCAGUGAGCUGGCUUUUAAGCCAUUGAACAUGUGCCGGGUUAAUUUUAUAUCA